AUGCCUGUGAUGGUGGAAGACGUCAUGAAGCUGCUGUGCUCCAUCUCUGAGGAGAGGAAGAUGAAGGCGGCUGUCAAGCAGUCGGGGAGGGGCGCCCUGGUUACGGGGGCUGUGGCCUUCGUUGGUGGUUUGGUCGGCGGCCCACCAGGACUAGCCGUUGGGGGGGCCGUCGGGGGUCUGUUAGGUGCCUGGAUGACGAGUGGACAAUAUAAGCCAAUUCCUCAGAUCUUAAUGGAGCUGCCCCCCGCUGAGCAGCAGAAGCUCUUUAAUGAAGCCACUGCCAUUUUCAGGCACCUGGAGUGGACGGAUGCCGUGCAGCUGACCGCGCUGGUCAUGGGCAGCCAGGCCCUGCAGCAGCAGCUGCUGGCGAUGCUGGUGAACUAUGUCACCAAGGAGCUGCAGGCGGAGGUCCGGUACGAUGACUAG